AUGCAGGCUGUCACAAGCACUUUAAGCCCUCACAGCGUCAUCCAAGACUGCCUGUCUUCCCUGCGCAAGGCGGACGUUGACAGCUUUGAGGAGCACUUUCCUGUGAACCGGGUGAAGCUCGGCCCUGGAGAGCGACAGGUUGUGCUUGUUGGUGGGAAGCCAUGCAUUGAGGAUGGGCCCCUCUCUCAUUUUGUGGAUGUGCUAGAUGCUGGCGCAAGGCGAGUCCUCCCGGCACAUCUGCUGCGCAGAUGCCAGGUGCUCUCCUCACUGCAGCUGGGACAUGGCACCUUUGUGCAGAGGACGGCCAUCACUGCGCGGGCAGGGGAGGAGGCAGUGCUGAUCUGGACGCUGACUCAGCAGGACGGCCGCUGGUGUGUCCAGUCGAUCAAGCGUGAUGAUUCAUGCGACUACCCGCUGCCCACCAGGCCUCACCCCAGGGCGUCUCCGGAGAGUAUAAUUCUGGCGCAGAUGGCGGCUCUGCAGAGGGCGAAUUUGCACGACGCUUGCAAGUACAUGCUGUUCCCAGGCGCCAGGCCAGGCUCACAGCUGCCCAAGCUGAUGCACAGCUUCAUGCAGGGGCCCAGUCAGCUUCUCAUCAACCACACUGAGGCAAAGCUGGGCAUGGCAUCACUGGGAUCUCUGCAGAGGAUGACACAGGAGGCUGAGGUUCUGCCGCUGCCAGACAUUGCAUUGGAGCACUCGGACAAGGCGCACAAGUUCUUGUGGCACAUGUGCAUGCGCGGCAGCGGCUGUUGGAUGGUGCAAUCCAUCGAGGCUGUGGUGACUUGA